GCAAAGCACACCCGAGUCCACCGCCGCUCGCCGAUCGCCGAUCGCCGUCGCUAAUGGCGUUCCCCCGUCGUCUCCCUCGCCUUCCCACGGCCACCGCUGCCACCAAGCGGUCGGCUGGAACUCUCGCCAUCGAACUCGGAGGAAUCGGCGCGAGACCCUCAACGGCCGCCCUGGCUGCAGCCGCUACGGCCGCCGCCGCCGCCGGCCGCGCCUCCGAGUGCCAGUCCCUCCUCCUGCGCAUGUCCCGCCGCCGCGGAGCCUCCCGCCACGAUAUCGUGUCCUCCCUCCUCGCCUCAUCCUCCCCCACCACCCCACAGACGCAGGUCUUCGACCUCCUCAUCCGCACCUACACCCAGUCCCGCAAGCCCCGGGAGGCCUUUGAGGCCUUCCGCCUCCUCCUCGACCACCGCGUCCCCAUCCCGGCCUCCGCAUCCAACGCCCUCCUCGCCGCACUCUCGCGGGCCGGGUGGCCUCACCUCACCGCGGAGGCCUACCGCCUCGUCCUCUCGUCCAACUCCGAGGUAAACGCCUACACGCUUAACAUCAUGGUCCACAACUACUGUAAAACCUUAGAGUUCGAUAAGGUUGACACCGUCAUCUUCGAGAUGGAGAAGAGAUGCGUAUUUCCGGAUGUGGUUACACAUAAUGUGAUGAUUGAUGCCAGGUUUCGUGCCGGAGAUGUGGAUGCAGCAAUGGCAUUGGUCGAUUCGAUGGCUAAUAAGGGGCUGAAGCCUGGCAUCGUGACAUACAAUUCAGUGUUGAAGGGUCUGUGCACACAUAGGAGGUUGGAUAAAGCAAGGGAGGUGUUCAGAGCAAUGAAUCAGUGUGGUGUUGCAGCUGACAUUCGGAGUUUCAAUAUUUUGAUUGGGGGAUUUUGCAGAGUUGGGGAGGUUGAGGAGGCAGUGAAGUUUUACAAGGAGAUGCGACAGCAUGGUGUUACACCAGAUAUGGUCAGCUUUAGCUGCUUGGUUGGAUUGUUCUCAAGAAGGGGGAAGAUGGAUCGUGCAGCAGAAUACUUGCGGGAAAUGAGGGUUUUCGGUUUGGUUCCUGAUGGUGUGAUUUACACAAUGGUCAUAGGUGGGUUUUGUAGGUCUGGGUCAAUGUCUGAGGCUCUGAGAGUUAGGGAUGAGAUGGUUGGAUGUGGAUGUCUACCAGAUGUGGUAACUUACAAUACCCUGUUGAGUGGGCUUUGUAAGCACCACAGGUUGCUUGAUGCUGAGGAGCUUUUGAAUGAGAUGAAGGAGAGAGGGAUUACACCAGAUUUAUGCACUUUCACAACUUUGAUUCACGGAUAUUGUAGGGAGGGUAAUAUAGAGAAAGCAUUGCAAUUGUUUGACACAUUGUUGCAGCAGCGCUUGAGGCCAGAUGUUGUGACAUACAAUAGUCUUAUUGAUGGGAUGUGCAGAAAAGGUGAUCUGGCCAAAGCUAAUGAGCUAUGGGAUGAUAUGCAUGCUAGAGAAAUCUUCCCCAAUCAUGUUACCUACAGCAUCUUGAUAGACAGCCACUGUGAGAAGGGACAAGUUGAAGCAGCAUUCAGUUUUUUGGAUGAAAUGGUUAAUAAAGGCAUUGUACCAAACAUCAUGACCUACAAUUCCAUUAUCAAGGGUUAUUGCCGGUCAGGUAAUGUAAGAAAGGGGCAGCAGUUCUUGCAAAAAAUGAGGCAAGACAACAUACUGCCAGAUUUAGUUACUUUCAACACCUUGAUCCAUGGUUAUAUUAAAGAAGAAAAUAUGGGCGAAGCUUUCAAUGUGUUUAAGAUAAUGGAGAAGGAAAUGGUACAGCCAGAUGUUGUCACAUAUAAUAUGCUAAUAAACGGGUAUUCUGAACAUGGCAAUGUGCAAGAAGCCGGUUGGGUUUUUAAGAAAAUGGGUGCUAGAGGAAUUGAACCUGAUAGAUAUACAUACAUGUCUAUGAUAAAUGGACAUGUUGCAGCUGGCAACUCGAAGGAAGCAUUUCAGCUUCAUGAUGAAAUGAUCCAUAGAGGAUUUGCUCCUGAUGAUAAAUUCUGAGAAGUACUGGUAAUGGUACUGUACUCUUGCCAGUGUCUACUGUGAAUUUGAUGAGGUGUUGAGGGAGCAGAUCCAGAGAAAUGGGAAAGCACUGGAACUUCAUUACUUGGUCUUGGUGAGAGAGACAGAUACGACACAAAGUAGCCAAGUAGGUAAUGCCCGAGCUGCAACAAUGGUCUACAGAUUCCACUAUAUGGCUAAGCAAAAACCGCUGCACAGAAAAGAUAGAAAAUUGGCUGGGGUACUAAAUAUGUCCGCUCCCUUCAGUCUGAGCUCCAGAAGAGCAGCCAAAAGAACAUUGAAUGGGAAAAAAUGAAUAAAAGAACAUUGUAUCAAAACUGUACAUGCCUUGAAGAAAUCUUCAUGGGUGUGGGCAUCUUCCUCCAGGAUUAUUGGGAUCAAAUGUGCAGCCCGAUGCACCAGGCAUUGAUGAUGUCAAGGACGCCGAUCCUCCUGCUUGUGGCCUUGAUUUCUCUCUCAGAACCCGGAAUGCAGCGAUGGUGGUGGCUUGUGCGCUCAGGACUAGGAUGAGAAUAAGAAUCAAAGGCAGUGCUUGUUUUCUUUGGUACAACAUAGACGACAUUCUGGUAUCUUCUGAAGUUUUGUAGUAUCAAAAGUGAGCUUCGAAGCUCACGGUUGGUAAGGCUAUAUAGGAGCAUGUGCUUAACACUCCGCGUUUGGUUUCCUUGAGGCUCACGGUUUCGACGCGUUCAACAGUUCUGGCAUGUGGAAUAUUAGCAAAGGUUGACCGCUGCAAGAGCCGUCGACUCGCCGGAACGAGCUCACAGAAGGAACAAACUUCCACAGUUGUAUUUCUGAAGUAAGAUAAGAUCAAUACUUACUGUUUGUGACGCUAUUAAGUUUUUUUUUUGCAAGAUUUUUUCCAUAAAAAAAUUGCACUAGAUUUUCAGUCUUC